GACUGGAACGAGCUUAGCUUAACUUAACACUAAUAGAUAUUAAAUACAAUACAAUUUGACACUAUGAGAGGAAAGAGGUUUGAAGGUUCUUAAAAUAAAACUAAGUCAAGGUCAACUCUUCCUCUCUCCUCCCUUUCCUCCUUCUCCUCCCACACCUUCAUUCUUCCUUUCCCACCAACAAUUCCAUUUCUCUUUCUCCUCUCAUCUUCAUUUAUAAAUUAAAUUAAUCCCCCGUUUUCAUUCUCACUUCCGGCCGUUUUCCGGCAGCUGAGACCCCCCCCCCCCCCCCCCCAUUUCAACAUCCACCAUGAUCCUCAUCAACUGUUCCAGCUGCCGGACCCCGCUUCAGCUCCCCACAGGCGCCACCUCCGUCCGGUGCUCCAUCUGCCGCGCCGUCACUUUCGUCGCCGACCCCCGAGGCUUUCCUCCUCCUCCGCCCUCGCCGACGCAUCACAGUUACUUUCCCUUCCACCGCCACCACCACCCCUCUCCGCCCCCGACGCACAGUUACUACCCCUCUCCACCCCCGACGCACAGUUACUACCCCUCUCCGCCAUCGCCGCUGUACCCCACCGGUGGCAGCCGAAGCCCGAAACGGGCUGUGAUUUGUGGGAUAUCGUAUAAAAAUACACCACACGAGCUUCAAGGGUGUAUUAAUGAUGCUAAAUGUAUGAAGUAUUUGCUGGUCAACCGUUUUAACUUCCCGGAUUCCUCCAUUCUUAUGCUUACUGAUGAAGAAACUGAUGUUUACAAGAUUCCAACAAAGCAAAACAUCAGAAUGGCGAUGCAAUGGCUUGUGCAAGGUGUUCAACCAGGAGACUCUUUGGUGUUCCAUUUCUCUGGCCAUGGUUUGCAGCAGAGGAACUACACUGGGGACGAGAUCGACGGCUACGAUGAAACGCUUUGCCCAUUGGAUUAUGAGACAGCGGGAACGAUCAUCGACGACGAGAUCAAUGCAACCAUUGUUAGGCCUCUCCCUUAUGGUGCUAAGCUCCAUGCUAUCAUAGAUUCAUGCCAUAGUGGAACUAUGUUGGACUUGCCAUUCCUGUGUCGAAUGCACAGGAGUGGAAGCUACAGAUGGGAGGAUCAUAGACCUCCAUCAGGUGUAUAUAAAGGAACAAAUGGUGGAGAAGUGAUCUCUUUCAGUGGUUGUGAUGAUGAUCAAACUGCUGCAGACACUCAAGCUAUGUCAAAGGUUGCAACCACAGGAGCGAUGACAUUUUCUUUCAUAAAGGCCAUUGAAAGUGGGCAAGCAACUACUUAUGGUAAUAUGUUAAAUUCAAUGAGAUCCACCAUUCGUAAUACCGACCUUAACCCAGGAGGCGACAUCGUUACUAGCCUAAUCACUAUGCUUUUAUCCGGUGCAAGUUUUUCUGGACGACUCAAACAGGAACCACAGCUAACUGCCCAUUCAACAUUCGAUGUGUACAGCAAACCAUUCUCCUUGUAAUAAAUUGUAUAUUAUUGUGUAUUUAUUACAAGUUUCAUCAUUUUUUUAAUCCUUAAUUUAAAACAAUCUCAAUCUUUUCUUACCCUAUAAAUGGAAGUUAAUAAUAAUUUCUUUUGCUAAUCCAGUUUA